UCCUGGUGGAGGGCCAGUGGCACCCCAGGCUUUUACCCAAAUGUCCUUGAAUUCUACACCCUGAGCCUUGAAAUGCAGCUUUUCUGGGGCUGAGUUCCCAGGAUUGGUGGUGCUGUACUUGCAGGAGAUGGUGGUUGCUGGCCAGUAAAGCACCACAUCAGCCGUGAAUGUGGUUCACACACAGCUUUAUGCAGGUGCAUCAACGAGCCUGGAACUAGGUGCUGGGUGCCGUCUAAGACACCAAGAGCCAUUUUGGAAACAGAAAGGGAACAAUCAUAUAAAAAUGGAAGAUCCAGAAAUACAAGGAAUGAAGAAGAUGAGCAACAUUUAUGAGUCAGCUGCCAACACACUGGGAAUCUUUAACAGCCCCUGCCUGACCAAAGUUGAGCUGCGUGUGGCGUGCAAAGGCAUUUCUGACAGAGAUGCACUUUCCAAACCAGAUCCCUGUGUCAUCCUCAAGAUGCAGUCUCACGGGCAGUGGUUUGAGGUUGACAGGACUGAGGUGAUUCGCACCUGCAUAAACCCAGUGUACUCGAAACUGUUUACUGUGGACUUUUACUUUGAGGAGGUUCAGCGCCUGCGGUUUGAAGUCCAUGACAUCAGCAGCAACCACAAUGGGCUGAAGGAGGCCGACUUCCUUGGUGGCAUGGAGUGCACACUUGGCCAGAUUGUUUCCCAGAGAAAGCUGUCCAAAUCUUUGCUGAAGCAUGGGAACACAGCAGGAAAAUCCUCCAUCACGGUGAUUGCUGAAGAAUUAUCUGGCAAUGACGACUACGUGGAGCUUGCAUUCAAUGCACGAAAAUUAGAUGACAAGGAUUUCUUCAGUAAAUCUGACCCAUUUCUGGAAAUUUUUCGUAUGAAUGAUGAUGCAACUCAGCAGCUGGUGCAUCGAACUGAGGUUGUGAUGAAUAACUUAAGCCCAGCCUGGAAAUCAUUCAAAGUAUCCGUAAAUUCUCUAUGCAGCGGAGACCCAGACCGCCGGCUAAAGUGUAUCGUAUGGGACUGGGACUCCAAUGGCAAGCAUGACUUCAUUGGCGAAUUCACCUCGACAUUCAAGGAGAUGAGAGGAGCAAUGGAAGGGAAACAGGUGCAGUGGGAGUGCAUCAAUCCCAAGUAUAAAGCCAAGAAGAAGAAUUACAAGAACUCAGGCACGGUGAUUCUGAAUCUGUGCAAGAUCCACAAGAUGCACUCCUUCUUGGACUACAUCAUGGGCGGCUGCCAAAUCCAGUUUACAGUAGCUAUAGAUUUCACUGCCUCAAAUGGGGACCCCAGAAACAGCUGUUCCUUGCAUUACAUCCACCCUUACCAACCCAAUGAGUAUCUGAAAGCCUUGGUAGCUGUAGGGGAGAUUUGCCAAGACUAUGACAGUGAUAAAAUGUUCCCUGCUUUUGGGUUUGGCGCCAGGAUACCUCCAGAGUACACGGUCUCUCAUGACUUUGCAAUCAACUUUAAUGAAGACAACCCAGAAUGUGCAGGAAUUCAAGGAGUUGUGGAAGCCUAUCAGAGCUGUCUUCCUAAGCUCCAACUCUACGGUCCCACCAACAUAGCCCCCAUUAUCCAGAAGGUUGCCAAGUCAGCGUCAGAGGAAACUAACACCAAGGAGGCAUCGCAAUACUUCAUCCUGCUGAUCCUGACAGACGGUGUCAUCACAGACAUGGCCGAUACCCGGGAGGCCAUUGUCCACGCCUCCCACCUCCCCAUGUCAGUCAUCAUCGUGGGAGUCGGAAACGCCGACUUCAGUGACAUGCAGAUGCUGGACGGUGAUGAUGGGAUUCUGAGGUCACCCAAGGGAGAGCCUGUUCUUCGAGACAUCGUCCAGUUCGUGCCCUUCAGGAACUUCAAACACGCAUCUCCAGCUGCCCUGGCAAAGAGCGUGUUGGCUGAAGUCCCAAACCAAGUUGUGGACUAUUACAAUGGCAAAGGAAUUAAACCAAAAUGUUCAUCAGAAAUGUAUGAUUCUUCCAGAACACUAGCACCAUGAACUCCCACACAGUUUUACAGAGUUCUGAAAUACUACUCCUGCUAAUAUUUCAUAUUUAAUAAUUCUAUACUUUAAAAAGAAAACAACACAUACACAUUUAAAAAUAGCACGUUUUGGUGAUUUUUAACUAUCUGACAUUUUUUUUUUUUGCAUGUGUAGCCCUGAGGCCUGGAUCUGUUAAACCCUUGUAUGGUUAAAUUUUUACAAAGAAAUACAGAUAAUAAUAACUUACUAUUUACAUUACAGCAUGUCGCCUUGAAAUAUAAUGGUAUCUGUAUCCAUUUUUUAUACAGGUUUGUUGAAAUUUUGCUAAAUUUCUUAUCUUUACACUCUAAAGCAUUUUGAAACAUUUAUUGAAUGUUGAUAGCCAAAAUAUACUUGGUUUUAUCUGCUAUAGGAUGAGAGACUUUUUAAAAUGGCAGAUGCAUGGAUUGUAUUUUGCAUGUUUAAAAUAAAAAAAGAAAAACCCACACUGUUUUUGCAGUUGUUAUCUCUAAUUCCUCCCUACUGAGAAUGGUCUGUCUACUAAAGAAGAGGUUUAUACACCUCUUCUUUUUGAGGUGGGUCUCUUUGAAGUAGGUCUGAGUCAUCUGGCCCAGUACCUCUCACACGUUACUGUGCACACAAAUCACCUGACAGUCUUUUUAAAAUUCAGAUUGUGAUCCAGUAAGUCUCUGUGGGGCUCAAGAUUUUGCAUCUUUAGCAAAGUCCCAGGUGAUGUUAAUGCAGUCCCUGGACUACAUCAAGAGGAGUGAGGUUCUAGACUUUAGGGUGUCAUGAUGGAGACUAUCAAAACCAGGGCAGCUUCUAGUCUGCUUGAAAACGGCACCUCUUCCUGACGGUAGCAUAAAAGUCCUGCCUGUCUCCGAGGUGGUAGAAAGUAGUAAGACUGACUCCAGAAGCUGCACACCUCACAUCAGUCUCUCUGCUUUAUACUCACACCACUUCCCUAGACAAGACUAGAAAGGGCUUGCUCUUCCUGGCCAGUGUCUGCCCUCUUCAAAGUGGCAUCACACACCACUGCAUGGAUGGUGUCAAUCCAUAGAAGUGACCUCAAAGAGUCUUCACUGGAACCACAACAAUAGAAACUUACCCAUGGCAAAUGGCCAUGCAGUACAUCUCCCGACAUCUGGUCCAUUAUGUUGACCUUUGAGCUUAGUGUGGGAACUUCUUUCUCCUUUCUAUCACUUCUGAGAGCAAACUCUAUCAGCAGAAAUCCCUGGAAUUAUUGUUUGGGGUGGAGGUGUUUUGUUUCAAUAUAAUAAGCUGGCCAGUCUGGAGCCAAAAGAAUGAAUGUUUAACUUGUAUGAUCUUCUUGCAGAGAAACAGACAAGUGUUUUUGCAAGCAUAAAUGGCAAAAAGUGGAAUAUAUUUUUGGUCAGAGAGAUGAAUAAGUAAAUCAUGAGGCAAAAUUUGUUGUUUGUUUGAAGGGGGGAGCAGUAUUAACAAGCAAAUAAAAUGCCUUGUAUGAUUUCCAUAGUUGCAAUUAUAGAACCUAAUCUUGCAAAUACAUGUUAAGCAAAAGCACAACAUUUUGAGAAUGAUGGUUUAAUUGUAUAACUGAAAAACAUCAUAAAUAUUUAAAUGAUAUUGUUUUAUUAAUAAAUUGGGUACUUACAGAA